GGAAAGGUUAGUACAUACCAAAUGAAUUCACUUUUCAGUUGGUACUUAUAACCUUUUUUUGCAUGGGAAGGUCUGUUGUUCACAUAACAAUAAUGCCAAAUUGUAUGUGGCAAGGAACCAAAAGGGAAGUACAAAACGUGUGCUGUGACAGACUGUGGAUGUCAGGGGAAAAAGAGAAAACAAAUUAAGCUAUGUCCUCAUGCUAGUCAUUAGUUGAACGUUAUCUUGAUUUCCCCCUCCCUUUUAGACUCUACAUUCCUUCAUCAUGUUGUCAUCGUUUCGUAAAGUCAGAGUCCAGAAAAUGGAUCCAAGUGGUGUGAAAGUGCUGGAAACAGCAGAAGAUAUCCAAGAAAGGCGUCAACAAGUUUUGGACCGUUACCACAGGUUCAAGGAACUAUCUUCUCUAAGGCGCCAAAAACUUGAAGAUUCCUAUCGAUUCCAGUUUUUCCAGCGUGAUGCAGAUGAGCUUGAAAAAUGGAUCCAAGAGAAACUGCAGAUAGCAUCUGAUGAAAAUUACAAAGACCCAAGCAAUUUACAGGGGAAGCUGCAGAAGCACCAAGCCUUUGAAGCUGAGGUGCAGGCCAAUUCAGGGGCCAUCGUUAAACUGGAUGAGACUGGAAAUCAGAUGAUUAAUGAAGGCCAUUUUGCAUCUGAAACCAUAAGAACUCGGCUGCAGGAGCUGCAUCGACUAUGGGAACUGCUGUUGGAAAAGAUGAGAGAGAAGGGAGUCAAAUUGUUGCAAGCACAGAAGCUGGUGCAGUACUUACGUGAAUGUGAAGAUGUCUUGGACUGGAUCAAUGACAAGGAAGCAAUAGUGACCUCAGAAGAACUCGGGCAGGAUUUAGAGCACGUUGAAGUUUUGCAGAAGAAGUUUGAAGAGUUCCAGACAGACCUGGCAGCUCAUGAGGAAAGAGUAAAUGAAGUGAACCAGUUUGCUGGCAAACUUAUCCAGGAACAGCACCCUGAAGAGGAACUGAUAAAAUCCAAGCAGGAUGAAGUAAACGCAAGCUGGCAGCGUCUGAAGGGACUUGCCCUUCAGAGGCAAGGAAAACUCUUUGGGGCAGCUGAAGUUCAACGCUUUAACAGGGAUGUGGAUGAAACAAUCAGCUGGAUUAAGGAGAAAGGGCAAUUGAUGGCCUCAGAUGAUUUUGGCAGAGACCUUGCCAGUGUGCAGGCGUUGUUGCGUAAGCAUGAAGGCCUGGAGAGAGAUCUUGCAGCUCUUGAAGAUAAGGUUAAAGCCCUUUGUGCAGAAGCUGACCGUUUGCAGCAGUCUCACCCAAUAAAUGCCUCUCAAAUUCAAGUGAAACGGGAGGAGCUGAUCGCCAACUGGGAACAGAUCCGAACUCUGGCAGCAGAGAGGCAUGCUCGCCUUAAUGACUCCUACAGGCUGCAGCGCUUUCUUGCGGACUUCCGAGACCUCACCAGCUGGGUGACUGAGAUGAAGGCUCUGAUAAACGCUGAUGAACUUGCCAAUGAUGUCGCUGGAGCAGAAGCCCUUCUAGACAGACAUCAGGAACACAAGGGAGAAAUUGAUGCCCAUGAAGACAGCUUCAAAUCUGCUGAUGAGUCUGGCCAGGCUUUGCUUGCUGCUGGGCAUUAUGCUUCCGAUGAAGUUAAAGAAAAGCUGACCAUCCUCUCGGAUGAAAGAUCUGCCCUGCUAGAGCUAUGGGAGCUUCGCAGGCAACAGUACGAGCAGUGCAUGGACUUGCAGCUUUUCUACAGAGAUACUGAACAAGUUGACAACUGGAUGAGCAAGCAAGAAGCAUUUCUUCUAAAUGAAGACCUUGGUGAUUCUCUGGAUAGUGUGGAAGCUCUUCUAAAGAAGCAUGAAGACUUUGAGAAAUCCCUAAGUGCCCAAGAGGAGAAAAUCACAGCCUUAGAUGAGUUUGCUACUAAAUUGAUUCAGAAUAACCAUUAUGCCAUGGAUGAUGUUGCUACACGCAGAGAUGCUCUCCUGAGCCGCCGCAAUGCCCUUCAUGAGAGAGCCAUGUACCGCCGUGCUCAGCUGGCAGAUUCCUUCCACCUGCAGCAGUUCUUCCGAGACUCUGAUGAGUUGAAGAGUUGGGUUAAUGAAAAAAUGAAAACCGCAACAGAUGAGGCAUAUAAGGACCCAUCAAACUUGCAAGGUAAAGUUCAGAAACAUCAGGCUUUUGAAGCAGAGCUUUCUGCUAAUCAGAGUCGUAUUGAUGCACUGGAGAAAGCUGGCCAGAAGUUGAUAGAUGUCAAUCACUACGCAUCUGAUGAAGUGGCAGCUCGCAUGAAUGAAGUUAUCAGCUUGUGGAAAAAGCUUCUGGAGGCCACUGAACUCAAAGGUAUAAAACUGCGUGAAGCCAAUCAACAGCAGCAGUUUAAUCGCAAUGUGGAAGACAUUGAGCUGUGGCUGUAUGAAGUGGAGGGGCACUUGGCUUCUGAUGAUUAUGGAAAAGACCUUACUAAUGUGCAGAAUCUUCAGAAGAAACAUGCCCUGCUAGAGGCAGAUGUUGCUGCCCAUCAGGAUCGCAUAGAUGGCAUUACCAUCCAGGCACGCCAGUUCCAGGAUGCUGGGCACUUUGAUGCUGACAAUAUCAAGAAGAAGCAAGAAGCUUUAGUAGCUCGUUAUGAAGCUCUGAAGGAUCCUAUGGUAGCUCGAAAGCAGAAACUUGCAGAUUCUCUUCGCCUGCAACAGCUCUUCCGUGACAUUGAGGAUGAAGAGACCUGGAUUAGGGAAAAAGAACCCAUUGCAGCUUCAACAAACCGAGGCAAAGACUUAAUUGGUGUCCAGAAUCUGCUAAAGAAGCACCAGGCUUUGCAGGCAGAAAUUGCAGGCCAUGAGCCUCGCAUUAAAGCAGUCACACAGAAGGGAAAUGCUAUGGUUGAAGAGGGACAUUUUGCAGCUGAGGAUGUGAAAAUCAAACUGAACGAGCUAAACCAGAAGUGGGACUCACUGAAAGCUAAAGCAUCUCAACGUCGACAAGACCUAGAGGAUUCCCUGCAAGCUCAGCAGUACUUUGCUGAUGCUAAUGAGGCGGAAUCCUGGAUGCGGGAAAAGGAGCCCAUUGUAGGCAGUACAGACUAUGGAAAAGAUGAAGACUCUGCUGAGGCUCUUCUGAAGAAACAUGAAGCUUUGAUGUCUGAUCUUUCUGCUUACGGCAGUAGUAUACAGGCUUUAAGGGAACAGGCCCAGUCAUGCAGGCAACAAGUUGCUCCCACAGAUGAUGAAACUGGAAAAGAGCUUGUUCUGGCACUCUAUGAUUACCAAGAGAAGAGUCCUCGGGAGGUGACUAUGAAAAAGGGAGAUAUCCUCACCUUACUCAACAGCACCAACAAGGACUGGUGGAAGGUGGAAGUUAAUGACCGUCAGGGAUUUGUACCAGCUGCCUAUGUGAAAAAACUGGAUCCUGCCCAAUCUGCAUCCCGAGAGAAUCUCCUGGAAGAGCAGGGCAGCAUAGCAUUGCGACAGGAGCAAAUUGACAACCAGACUCUUAUAACUAAGGAAGUCGGCAGUGUAUCUCUGCGUAUGAAACAGGUCGAAGAACUGUAUCACUCUCUUCUUGAGCUGGGAGAAAAGCGGAAAGGCAUGCUGGAAAAAAGCUGCAAAAAGUUCAUGCUUUUCCGUGAAGCCAAUGAGCUUCAGCAGUGGAUCAAUGAGAAGGAAGCUGCUCUCACAAGUGAGGAAGUGGGUGCUGAUCUGGAGCAGGUGGAGGUGCUACAGAAGAAGUUUGAUGAUUUUCAGAAGGAUUUAAAAGCUAACGAGUCACGUCUGAAGGACAUCAACAAGGUUGCACAUGACCUGGAGUCAGAAGGGUUGAUGGCAGAUGAAGUGCAAGCAGUACAGCAACAGGAGGUCUAUGGUAUGCCCAGGGAUGAAACUGAUUCUAAGACAGCCUCUCCUUGGAAGUCUGCACGUUUGAUGGUACACACGGUGGCAACCUUUAACUCGAUCAAGGAGCUGAAUGAACGCUGGAGAGCUCUGCAGCAGCUGGCGGAGGAGCGGAGCCAGCUCUUGGGCAGUGCCCAUGAGGUGCAGAGGUUCCACAGAGAUGCUGAUGAAACAAAAGAAUGGAUAGAGGAGAAGAAUCAAGCAUUAAAUACAGACAACUAUGGGCACGACUUGGCCAGCGUGCAGGCUCUGCAGCGCAAACAUGAAGGCUUUGAGAGAGACUUGGCAGCUCUGGGAGACAAGGUGAAUUCUCUUGGGGAAACUGCUCAGCGCCUGAUCCAGUCACAUCCGGAAUCUGCUGAAGAUCUCCAAGAAAAAUGUACUGAGUUGAAUCAAGCUUGGAAUAGUCUUGGAAAACGUGCUGACCAGCGCAAAGAGAAGCUUGGAGAUUCUCAUGACCUGCAGCGAUUCCUCAGUGACUUCAGGGACCUUAUGUCUUGGAUCAAUGGAAUCCGGGGUCUGGUCUCCUCAGAUGAACUUGCAAAGGAUGUGACUGGAGCUGAAGCUUUACUGGAAAGGCACCAGGAACACCGCACUGAAAUCGAUGCAAGGGCUGGCACUUUCCAGGCAUUUGAGCAGUUUGGACAACAGCUUCUGGCACAUGGGCACUAUGCCAGCCCAGAGAUCAAGGAGAAAUUGGAUACUCUAGAUCAAGAACGGACGGACCUAGAGAAGGCCUGGGUCCAGCGCAGAAUGAUGCUAGACCAGUGUCUGGAACUACAGUUGUUCCAUCGAGACUGUGAGCAAGCUGAAAACUGGAUGGCUGCCAGAGAGGCUUUCCUCAAUACAGAAGAUAAAGGAGACUCCCUAGACAGUGUGGAGGCACUCAUCAAGAAACAUGAAGACUUUGAUAAGGCAAUCAAUGUCCAGGAAGAGAAAAUUGCUGUCUUACAAUCUUUUGCCGACCAGUUGAUCUCUGCUGAUCAUUAUGCAAAAGGAGUCAUUGCUAACAGACGCAAUGAGGUUCUGGACAGGUGGCUUCGCCUAAAAGCUCAAAUGAUUGAAAAGAGGUCAAAGCUGGGAGAGUCUCAAACACUCCAGCAGUUCAGUCGUGAUGUGGAUGAAAUAGAAGCUUGGAUCAGUGAAAAGCUCCAGACUGCAAGCGAUGAAUCAUAUAAGGAUCCCACAAACAUCCAGCUUUCCAAACUGCUGAGUAAGCACCAGAAGCACCAAGCCUUUGAAGCUGAGCUCCAUGCCAAUGCAGAUCGGAUCCGUGGAGUCAUUGAUAUGGGGAACUCAUUGAUUGAAAGAGGAGCAUGUGCUGGCAGCGAGGAUGCUGUGAAGGCACGUCUAGCUGCCCUGGCUGACCAGUGGCAGUUCCUGGUCCAGAAAUCAGCAGAGAAGAGUCAGAAACUGAAAGAAGCCAAUAAGCAACAGAAUUUCAAUACUGGAAUCAAGGACUUCGAUUUCUGGCUUUCAGAGGUGGAGGCUUUGUUGGCAUCUGAAGAUUAUGGGAAGGACUUGGCAUCAGUUAACAACCUUUUGAAGAAGCACCAGUUACUGGAAGCUGAUAUAUCUGCUCAUGAGGAUCGUCUGAAGGACCUGAACAGCCAAGCUGACAGUUUGAUGACCAGCAGUGCUUUUGAUACAUCUCAAGUCAAGGAUAAGCGUGAGACCAUCAAUGGGCGCUUUCAGAGGAUCAAGAGCAUGGCAUCUGCUCGCCGAGCAAAGCUGAACGAGUCCCACCGCUUGCACCAGUUUUUCCGGGAUAUGGAUGAUGAGGAGUCCUGGAUCAAAGAGAAGAAACUAUUGGUGAGCUCAGAGGACUAUGGCAGAGACCUGACCGGUGUGCAGAACCUUAGGAAGAAACACAAGCGCUUAGAAGCAGAAUUAGCUGCCCAUGAACCUGCUAUCCAGGGUGUUCUAGACACUGGUAAGAAGCUUUCAGAUGAUAACACAAUUGGAAAGGAGGAGAUACAGCAGAGACUGGCUCAGUUUGUGGAUCACUGGAAAGAGUUAAAGCAGUUGGCAGCUGCAAGGGGCCAGCGUCUGGAGGAGUCUCUGGAGUACCAGCAGUUUGUAGCAAAUGUUGAGGAAGAAGAAGCCUGGAUAAAUGAGAAAAUGACCCUGGUAGCCAGUGAGGAUUAUGGAGACACACUUGCUGCUAUCCAGGGCUUGCUGAAAAAGCAUGAAGCAUUCGAGACCGAUUUCACUGUCCACAAAGACAGAGUGAACGAUGUUUGUGCUAAUGGUGAGGAUCUCAUUAAAAAGAACAAUCACCAUGUGGAGAACAUUACAGCCAAGAUGAAGGGCCUCAGAGGCAAGGUGUCAGAUCUGGAGAAAGCAGCAGCUCAGAGGAAAGCCAAAUUGGAUGAGAACUCUGCCUUCCUGCAGUUCAACUGGAAAGCAGAUGUAGUGGAGUCAUGGAUAGGUGAGAAGGAGAACAGUCUGAAGACAGAUGAUUAUGGACGUGACCUCUCUUCUGUGCAAACCCUACUCACCAAACAGGAAACUUUUGAUGCUGGACUUCAGGCUUUCCAGCAGGAGGGAAUUGCAAACAUCACAGCUCUGAAAGACCAGCUACUAGCAGCCAAACACAUCCAGUCAAAGGCCAUCGAGGCUCGGCAUGCUUCCCUGAUGAAACGGUGGAAUCAGCUACUUGCCAAUUCUGCUGCCAGGAAAAAGAAACUCUUGGAGGCUCAGGAGCAUUUCAGAAAGGUUGAGGAUCUGUUCCUGACUUUUGCAAAGAAGGCAUCUGCCUUCAACAGUUGGUUUGAGAAUGCUGAAGAGGACCUGACAGAUCCUGUGCGCUGUAACUCACUGGAAGAGAUCAAAGCACUGAGAGAAGCUCACGAUGCUUUCCGCUCUUCACUUAGCUCUGCCCAGGCUGACUUCAACCAGCUGGCAGAGCUCGAUCGCCAGAUCAAGAGCUUCCGUGUAGCCUCCAACCCAUACACUUGGUUUACUAUGGAGGCUCUUGAAGAAACCUGGAGGAACCUGCAGAAAAUUAUCAAGGAGCGUGAAUUGGAGCUGCAGAAGGAACAGAGGAGGCAGGAAGAGAACGACAAAUUACGCCAGGAAUUUGCUCAGCAUGCUAAUGCUUUCCACCAGUGGAUUCAGGAGACCAGGACAUACCUGCUAGAUGGCAUAGCAUAUCGUCGUGUCAUUCGUGUCUAUCAGUAUGAAGUUGGGGAUGAUCUAUCUGGAAGGUCAUGCAUGGUGGAGGAAUCAGGAACGUUAGAAUCACAGUUGGAAGCUACUAAACGCAAGCACCAGGAGAUCCGAGCUAUGAGAAGCCAGCUGAAGAAGAUCGAGGACCUUGGAGCAGCCAUGGAAGAGGCACUGAUCUUGGACAACAAAUACACAGAACACAGCACCGUGGGGCUGGCCCAGCAGUGGGACCAGCUUGACCAGCUGGGCAUGAGAAUGCAGCACAACCUGGAACAGCAAAUCCAAGCUCGAAACACGACUGGAGUGACAGAGGAGGCCCUGAAGGAGUUCAGCAUGAUGUUCAAGCACUUUGACAAGGACAAAUCUGGACGACUUAACCACCAGGAGUUUAAGUCUUGCUUGCGCUCUCUCGGCUACGACCUGCCUAUGGUUGAGGAAGGAGAGCCAGACCCAGAAUUUGAGGCAAUUCUUGACACUGUCGAUCCCAACAGGGAUGGACACGUCUCACUGCAGGAGUACAUGGCCUUCAUGAUCAGCAGGGAAACAGAGAACGUGAAGUCCAGUGAGGAGAUCGAGAGCGCUUUCCGUGCCCUCAGCUCAGAGGGGAAGCCCUACGUGACCAAGGAGGAGCUCUACCAGAACCUGACCCGGGAACAAGCCGAUUACUGCAUCUCUCACAUGAAGCCCUACAUGGACGGCAAAGGCAGAGAACUUCCUUCUGCCUACGACUACAUAGAAUUCACACGUUCACUCUUUGUGAAUUGAUCUGAACCGCCCCCCACUAGUACCAAACGAUGCGAAGGACACGCUCACGUUUGCUGACUGUAGCUCUGCAUGUGUCUCUCUCUCUUUCUCUCUCUUCGUGCUCUCCAAUAAUCAGUGUUACUUUAUGAUGUAACCUUAAACUGCUUAGCUUAAAACUCUUAGGGAAAACAAAACAUGGUGCAGUGUGCUUCAAUAAAAGUUACUGGUCGAACCACA